UUUAAAUUAAUGAAUAUUUUGUAAAUUACUACAUAAUUUAAGUUAACUCUAUAAUUUUAUAAUGCAUUUUAUGGUUAAGCAAAAGGGGUGUGGUGGUGAACGUAUUGGAAACUUAACGGGUUUUCUCAAGUUUCCUGGCGCUGUUAUUGAAACUCCAACUUCUGCACUUUUUACCCAGGGUGGAAGUGUUGUUCAUUUAACAUCAGAUGUACUGUCACGGGUAUUUUCCAGUCCUAAACUUUUAUGGGUACCUCUUUCCAAUUCGAUACAACUAGAAAGUGGUGUCAAAGUACAGAAUGAUGGAGUAGCAAAGUUUGCUGGUUUGCCGGAACAUGUGACGUGUGCAACAUUAAAUAAUUUGUCUGAAGUAACACCGUCUGGACACUUUGAACCUAAUAAAGUGCCACUGUGGACAAAAAAUGGAAAAAAAAUGUUAUCAGCUAAUAGAUAUAUGGAUGUUAUGGAAGUUUUCAAACCAGACAUAAUUUUGGCGAUUGCAGAUGGUCGGACGUCUCUCAAUGAAGGCUCUAAGAGGGUAUCGAAGGCUGUAAACAGAACAAAUCAAAUGUUCGUUGAAUGCGUAGAUCGUUAUAAAGCUGCCAAGAAUCUACAAAACAGUACUCUUGUUGGUGUAAUUGUUGGUGCAACAAAUCCGAAAAAAUUUGAUGAAUGUGUACAAAAUGUUUUGAAACAUGUUGAUAUCUUAGGCGGAAUUGCUCUAGAAGGUAUCACAAAUGGCACUGUCGAGUCAAUGGAUCUAAAUAUAAAGACAUUAAAUGAAGUUUUCUAUAAAGUUGGUACUGUAUUCCCAGAAAAUUUAGUUCACAUAAUAGAAGGGUGUUGGAACCCAACAGUUAUAUUAUCUGCUAUUGAAUAUGGUUGGGACUUAUUUGAUGGUACUUAUCCAGUAAAGCUGACCAAUGCUGGUGUCGCAUUGAAGCUGAAUUUAGAUGUUACUAAGGAUAAUGAUACAAUGUACUUAUUGGACAUGAUUGAUCCGAGAUAUAAGGAAGAUUUCACACCUAUUUUGCAAGACUGUGAAUGUUUAGCGUGCAAGAAACAUACCCGAGCUUACAUUCGUCAUUUAUUAAAUACUCGUGAAAUGUUGGCGUCUGUUUUAUUGAGCAUUCACAAUCUUCACCAUUUCGACCAGAUGUUCUAUUACGCUCGUAAACACAUAGCCUCGAAUACGUUUGCUUUAUACAAACAGCAUAUAACGAAGCAGUGUGAAAUGUUGAAAAAAUUCGCGCCAGAUCGAUAUAAGGGCUUAAACGAAGUUAUAGACAAACAUACGUUUCAGAAAAACAAGAAGAUACGUGUGAGUGAUGUACUUAAUAGCGGUUUAGAUAGUAAUAAUUUUAAUUAAAUAGUUUUAUUAGAAGUUCCGCCUUGUAAUUAUUGUAUUUUGUUUUUAUGUUGAAUAGAUAAUUUUAGUUUUGAAAACAUUUGAUGUAUUUAUAUAUAAGUAGUUUUUCUUAAUAAGAGUUCGUUUACAUUAUGCUGUUCUUACCAAAAAAACUGUUUUACUGUGAAGUAAUAUAUAUAUAUAUAUGUGUUCAUUGUAAAAGCCUGUUAAUGUCCCACUGCUGGGCUAAGGCCUCCUCUCCAUUUUGAGGAGAAGGUUUGGAGCUUAUUCCGCCACGCUGCUCCAAUGCGGGUUAGCACACACAUGUGGCAGAAUUUCAAUGAAAAUAGACACAUGCAGGUUUCCUCACGAUGUUUCCCUUCACCGUCAAGCACGAGAUGAAUUAUAAGCACAAAUUAAGCACAUGAAUAUUCAGUGGUGCUUGCCCGGGUUUGAACCCACGAUCAUCGGUUAAGAUUCACGCGUUCUAACCUCUAGUAAUUCUAAGUAUAUUCUACUUUAUCUUAACAGGGUUAUGGUUUUCAAUAACCAAUACGAAUACAUUUUGUUUAAUUAAAAUAUCGUGAGCAUGUUGUUUAGUUCAAUAUAAUUGAUAAGAAUGAGAUUUCAGAAAUCAAUAAAAUCUUAACAUAAAACGAAUCGGCAUAUUCAUGUACAUAUAUUAAGCUAAUGUUAAUGAACUCCCAAGUGAUAUUACAUUGAAAUGUACCUUAUAAAAGUAAUUCAAGGAAUUUUGUUAUUAAGAAACAAACGCAACAGGAAAUUUGACCCCUGAUGUGAGGGCGAUAUUUUUCGAAUGUUCGUUUCAAACUUGCUUUGACGCAACUUGUGGAGUGUUUUAUAAAUUUUUUUUCUGUACCCGUUAUGGGAUUGUUUAAAAUUAGUUAAAUUCGUGUCUCGUCAACUUAUUGAAAUAUUGUUUUUAAAUCCAUAAUAUUAUUAAAACGUUCACCAAAACAGGAUUUAUAGUUCAAAUAAUCAAACUAACUCAGACUUUUACUUGAUAGUAAAAAAAAAAAAAAUUAAAUCAUAAGACCAUACAUUCCAUUCAGCAAAUUUAAUUCCGCAUAUGAUUGACAGUAUUGUUAAUUAAAAAAAAGGCUUAAUUCAAAUUUGGAAUGCAGAAUUGUCGAGUGCAUAUAUGAAAUGGACUCCUGCUGUUUCAACUCUUUUGCAUUUAAAAUCUGUCAGAAGAGAUAACAUGUGCGCUGUCGUUCAGGAAUAUUGUAACGUCUUUUAUGAUGAAUGAGUUUUUUCGUGUAUAUGUCGAUAGGUAUUUUAAAACGUUUUAUUUAGUUUAAAUAAUUUACUAACCCAAACAUAAUAUCAAAAUGUGAUCUUUAGGAUUUAGUUAUCAUUAACAACUUUAAUACAAGAGCUGUGAUUCCUGACUUAACCAAAUAACGAUUUAUUUGUAUAGUAUACGAUUAAUUUAUAUAAAUUUAAAAGACAUCAACUGUUUUUUUUUUGUUUAGUGAUUCGUUCGAUUCGGAUGGAUGCAAUUUUAGCCAAAUAUCAUACCUCAUACGUACGAAGUAUUGACUUCCAAAAUUUUGGGCUGUUAUUAACUUGUUUUCUAGUUUUAUUUGUACCACUUAUUCUGGUAACAUUUACCCACGAUAUCUUUGCAUAAUGUAUAAACGUCUUUCAAUGCUUAUUUUGAAAGUGGAAUUACCAGAAGAAAAAUAAACAUUGCACACAAUUUAUUACUUUCCUUUGUUCCUUAUACUCUUUGAACAUUUGCUGUGUAAGUUCUGUUAAAUAAUAAUAUAUUCCUUCGAGUUUCAUAAGCGAUCAUGCUUUUUUAUUAUUUAAAUUAAUUUUCAAUGAUAAUGUCACAUGUGUAAAAAAAAGUUUAAAAUAAUAUGACCGCAGAUUAUUUUAAAACAUAUCCUUGUUUAGCUCAAUAAUAAUAAUAAACAUAUCUUGUAUGUCGGAGUCCCAGAUAGGGACCCUAAUAACUGUACCAAUUUUUUCGUGAGUUCGACUAGACUUUCCUUGUUUUCAGAACAAGUCAUUGGAAUGCUAAUUUCCAUGGUAGAUCGCCAUUUUUAUUCUGUUGUGUUCUAAUUUCGACUCGAAUCAUAAUAUGACUUUUUAAAAAGUUGUUCUCCUGCUGAAGAUUAUUUUAAGUGACUCAAGACAUAGUCAUAAUUUGCUGGAUAGAUGGAUUACCGUGUCCUUAAUUUCAUCGUUUAUGCUAGAUAUUUCAUUUAUGGAUAAUUCCGACGAAGCAAAUUUAGCUUCUUGUUGUCGUUUAAUAUCAUCUAUCCGUAUCAUGAGAUCCAAUAGUGUUGUCUGUAGUGUAAGAUCUUUCAAUCGGCGCUUACACCUUUAUAUAAUAUUUUGAUCUACACGUUCGUGGCUUUCGAGCGUAUAAAGCGCUUAGUAGGAUCCAUAACGAGUGGGGGAAGUAAGCUUCGAAAUGUUUUUUAUAACACGACAUAUUAAAAUAUACGAUUCGUAGUAUAUAUAAAUAGCAGCAAAUAAAAUUGGGCUAAUAUUAAACCGCUAAACGCUUGCGCUUUAAACUGCGACAAGAAAUAGUGUUAGAUGUGAUCUUCUUGCCUCUUCACUGCACUGGUGCGACCUUACGCUGUGUUCUGCGCGCCUAGUACUUUAUGAGGUUAUUAAAAUAUUUUGUCACGACCUAAAGCACCUGCAGUCGGAAAGGAAGAAACAAUAAAUAACUCAUGAAACCACUAUAAAACCAAAUAUUGUCUGAUAAUAUAAAAAUUUUUACUUUAAAUUUUAUUUAAUAGCCAUAUCAUAUGAAUAAACAUAGAUUUUAU